GCACCUUCACCUGAAAGCCAACUGCACCUGCGCUUCUGAUCAACUUCCAUCUACAAUCAAUUGACAUUGAGGCCAGAUGAGUAUCGAGACUUUGUACUCAUCACCAUUUGUUUCAUCGACUCUCCUCUCCCAACCUUCUCGCGCACCUUUUUAAGCCGCUCGCGCUAUUCAAGAACAGGCCCUCCCCACCACCGCAUCUAGUCGCAGUCGCGCACGACUUACCAGCACUCUCCAUUCCGCACGACAGCGCUCUCUAACCAACCACAUCUCCAACCAUCAUUCAUCAUGGGAAGCCGCGCGAAGAUGUCAGAAUCUCCUGCCAUGUUCGAGGAUGACUUAUAUAAUGCGACACACGAACCCCCUUCGCGCGCCCAAAGAAGAAGCAACCCCAUGUCGCCCUCUCCGGCUACCUCCUCCGACAAAGAAAAUCGUACCGCCCAACAAUCGCUCGACAAGGGCAAAGGUCGCGCUUCAAUGGCAUCAGAAAGACCGCUAUCCCCUCAAUCGGAGCGAAAUAAGAGAAAGCGCGGGAUCACUCUCGAGAGUGAAGGUCAGGCUUCUGAACGCGAGCGAAGUCGACGAAGAAGAACCGUUGAGCGAAAUGAUGACUCGGAAGAUUCUGACAACUACGACCCCGAUCAAGAUAUCGAGGAGCGAAGAGUUCUACGAAAAGGAUUGAGAGACUUGACGAAAGACCUCGCUGACAAUCGCACCGAGUGGCUGGCUGUGGGCCAUCAUGGUUUGAGGGAUACUAUGCUCAAAGCAAAUGAGCUCUCCCACAAAGUAAAACAAACCGCCGACGCAACAAUCGAUGCACGACUACUGGUCAACGCAGCGGAGCUUUCGUACAAGAAAACUGUUGCGCUCACUUCCGGUGAUAAUGCCCAGGGUGUGGAUUUGGAGAUCUUCAUUUCCAAAUGCCGUGCUUUCAUGAGAGCCGCUCCUGCAGAUGAGACUGCUGCCCCUAGCAAUACUCAGCGCAGAAGGGGUGAGGCGGAAGAGGACGACGGAGAUAUGCUCAACUGGGCAUAUCUCGGCCGACACGCUUGUAUUCCCAAUAUUGCUCGCCCUGCUGUACCAGGAUUUUUGCUUGGGCCUUUGUCAGUGGAAAAACGCGCGAAGAGAACCAUUGUCAGAAAAGCAGCCUUGAAGAUCAGCUCUAUCCAAGAAUCACGUCCGGAAGUCAUUGAAUCAAGCAAUAUCGAAAAGUCCGAGAAUGCGAACCUUACCUACUUGUGCAAGCAAAUUCUUGCUCGAGCAGAGGAGGUAAGGAACCAGGCUACAUCUGCCGUAGAAGCCGAAUGGGCAGAGAGAGAAGAAAACGGCAACGUCAGCGAAGAGGAGUCCCGGGCACUCAUGGACAGCUACGGGGUUUCUUCAGAGGGUGGUAUUGAGUUUUUUAAGUUUGUUAUCAACCCGUGGUCAUUCGGACAAAGUGUUGAGAACAUGUUCUAUGUGAGCUUCUUGAUCCGUGAUGGCAAAGCUGGCAUAUCUACAGAUUAUCGGGGUCUUCCAUAUCUGAGUAGGUUUACCCUUCCUCACUGGUCCAUUUGAAUUCUGCUGACUUAUCAUGCUAGAUCUUACAAGCACUGAGGCCGAAGAAGAAGAUGAAGAAGAUGAAGACGAAGAUGAAGAAGCAGCAAAGAGAAAGAAGAAGGACAAGGAUGGGCCAAAAAAGCACCAAGCCGUCAUGUCUCUCGACAUGGGCGUAUGGAAGGAGAUGAUAGAAAUCUUCGAGAUCAAAGAGCCCAUGAUCAAACACCGAAAGGAGGAAGAGCACUCCUCGGUCGGUAGACGAGGAUGGUAUUAACUUUUAAUAUUUGUUUUCUUGUUGAUAAUUUGGGUUUGAUGCUUCAGGCGUUUCCUUGGAGGUGGGGAUAUCCUUUUCCGUGUACGAUCAAAAAUACCUGGGGGCAUGAAUCUGGGGGCGUCUCUGGGAUAUGGAGUUACAAGAUGGUAGGAAGGUAGACUCGAACUCACGGUAAUACCCAGGUACAAAAGGUGUGAUAUGGAUUGCAUUUACUUUGUAGAAGGGGAUGGGAUUCUACCAUGUUUCUUUAGAGCGAGGG